AAUGGUGGUGUUUUAUUGGAUUAUUACUUUGAGUUUUUAUUCUACAUGUUUUAUACCUUUGGAAGCCAAAACAAUGGUGCGUGCAUAUAUCUGCCGCAGCUUUUGAAGAUCAACCAGAGACAGCAACAAACCAUUUCUAUACCUGCGAUGAUCAUUAGUAUUUUGCGUGCGUGGGUGGUUUUGUACAAUAACAACCUCUCCUGAUGCUGCUCCUACUGCCCAGUCAAAGUCAAGCUCACAACAUCUGCGUGUUUAUCAUACACAAUCCAUUUUUUUGGGCUUGUUAUGUAGCAGCAUAAGUUUCUUUCUUUCUUUCUGAAUAUAUAUACAAUAUACACACACAUAAUCCAAGAUGAAGAACAGCUCCUCCUCCUCCUCAUCAUCAGCUGCUGCUGCUGCUGCUGAGGUUGUAAUGGAGAUCGAGGCUAACAAGCCAUCUGUCAAUAACGGUCUUGUAGUUGUAGGAGGUCUCAGCCCUUUGAGUGAGAGCCUUUGGAAGGAGAAAACCAAUACAGAGUUUGUGGGUGAUGUUUCUGCCAGGCUUGCUUGGAAGGAUCUAACCGUGGUUGUCACUCUCAGCAAUGGAGACACCCAAAAUGUUUUGGAGAAGCUUUCUGGUUAUGCCGAGCCUGGUUCCUUCACUGCACUCAUGGGCCCUUCUGGAUCCGGCAAAUCUACUCUCCUCGAUGCCCUCUCCGGCCGUCUUGCUGCUAAUGCCUUCCUCUCCGGCACCAUUCUCCUCAACGGCCGCAAGGCCAAACUCUCUUUUGGCACUGCUGCAUAUGUUACACAAGAUGACAACUUGAUCGGCACUCUCACUGUACGUGAAACUAUUUCAUACUCAGCACGACUGCGUCUUCCUGAUAGGAUGCCCUGGUCAGACAAACGAGCUCUGGUUGAGAGCACAAUCAUCGAAAUGGGGCUUCAAGAUUGCGCAGACACUGUCAUAGGAAAUUGGCACCUGCGUGGUGUUAGUGGUGGAGAAAGAAGAAGGGUUAGCAUUGCACUUGAAAUACUCAUGAGGCCCAGAUUACUUUUCCUUGACGAGCCAACCAGUGGACUCGACAGUGCAUCAGCAUUCUUUGUGACACAGACAUUGCGUGGGUUGUCCAGAGAUGGACGGACUGUCAUUGCCUCGAUUCACCAGCCUAGCAGUGAAGUUUUUGAGCUCUUUGACAGAUUGUAUUUACUUUCUGGUGGAAAAACUGUCUACUUUGGUCAAGCCUCUGAAGCAUAUGAGUUUUUUGCACAAGCUGGUUUUCCUUGCCCUGCUUUACGAAAUCCAUCUGAUCACUUUCUCCGGUGCAUCAACUCUGAUUUUGACAAAGUCAAAGCAACACUAAAAGGAUCCAUGAAAAUCCGGUUUGAGUCCAAUGACGAUCCACUAGAAAAAAUAACCACAGCGGAAGCUAUUCGGACACUUGUCGGCUCUUACCAGACUUCUCAGUACUGUUUUUCCGCAAAAGAAAAGAUUGAAGAGAUAUCGAGAAUAAAAGGAACUGUGCUGGAUUCUGGAGGGAGUCAGGCUAGUUUCUUGAUGCAGGCUUUUACCUUAACUAUACGCUCCUUCGUUAAUAUGUCAAGGGACUUUGGGUAUUACUGGCUGAGGCUUGUUAUCUAUAUCGUGGUCACUAUUUGCAUCGGAACCAUUUACUUCAAUGUUGGAACGGGCUACAAUUCCAUCUUGGCAAGGGGUGCAUGUGCAUCUUUCGUGUUUGGUUUUGUAACAUUUAUGUCGAUUGGUGGAUUUCCUUCAUUUGUGGAAGAUAUGAAGGUAUUCCAAAGGGAAAGGCUGAAUGGACACUAUGGUGUGAGUGCAUUUGUGAUAAGCAACACAUUAUCUGCAAUGCCGUUUCUGAUAUUGAUAACAUUUAUAUCUGGUACGGUGUGCUACUUCAUGGUGAGGCUGCACCCUGGCUUGUCGCAUUACAUAUUCUUUGUAUUGUGCCUUUACGCAAGUGUCACCGUUGUUGAGAGCCUUAUGAUGGCUAUAGCCAGUGUUGUCCCUAAUUUCCUUAUGGGUAUCAUCAUUGGGGCUGGAAUCCAGGGAAUAUUUAUGCUGGUAUCUGGCUACUUUCGACUUCCAAAUGACAUCCCAAAACCUGUCUGGCGAUAUCCAAUGUCAUAUAUAAGUUUCCACUUCUGGGCUCUACAGGGGCAAUACCAAAACGAUCUGACAGGGUUGAUCUUCGACAAUCAGACACCGGAUCUUCCCAAGGUUCCUGGAGAAUACAUAUUAGAAAAUGUGUUCCAGAUUGAUGUGAAUCGAUCAAAAUGGGUUGAUCUGAGUGUUCUAUUCAGCAUGAUUAUUGUGUACCGCAUCAUCUUUUUCAUGGUGAUCAAAGUUAACGAGGAUGUGACACCUUGGGUGCGUGGCUAUAUUGCAAGACGAAGAAUUCAACACAAGAAUAAUAAUGCUAAUGUUAAUCAGAACAACACUGUUGCUCCAUUUGCUCUUACUCAAUCUCCUUCCUUGAGGACUUAUGUCCAAGAUCGUGCUUCUGCUACUGCCAAGAGGCCCUAACAACAGUAUCAUGUCAUAUCUGAGCUUCUAUAUAUUAUUAUUAUUAAUAUAAUUAAUUCAGACUCUGUCUACUCUCCCACUCUCUGCUUAAAUUCGCUGCAACCAAUUUAUUGUUGUAACUUCAUCGUAACAUGCCAAAUUACUUUUUCUUAUAUAUCCCUAGAGUGUAAAAAUUAAUUUACAGUUUUUAAAGUUAUUGUUUGGUGAA